UCACUCUAAUGGAGCAAGAUCCACAGCCAAAAUGGGAAGGCAAGGUCUCAGAAAGGCUACCAAAAGCCACAGCAGAUCAAAUAUGGCCUCUCCUCAACGACUUCUUUAACCUCCACAAAUGGUUUCCUAGCCUUGCCACCUGCUAUGGCAUCCAUGGGACUAAUGGUGAGCCAGGUUGCAUAAGACACUGUGAGGGCUCCUCGAUUCCGUCCACUGACACCAAUACAGAUGGCCACAGUCAGCCUGUUAGCUGGUCCUCUGAGAGAUUAACAGUUGUUGAUCAUGUUGAACGUAGCUUGAGCUAUGAGAUAGUUGACAGCAAUAUUGGGUUCAAGUCAUAUGUUUCAACGGUCAAGGUUGUCCCACAAGGUGAUGAUGGUCAAGAUGGGUGUGUGAUCGAAUGGUCAUUCAAUGUUGAUCCAGUGGCAGGGUUGGUAUUGGAUGAGCUGGUGAGAAAGUAUAAAGUGGGACUGCAGCAAAUGGCCGAGAGACUGGAGGAUGCAGUUUGAGAAAAGUAGACUUCCUUUUCUUGUUUUAUAUGUUUGGUGCAGCUCUCGAUUAUUUUUACAGCUUAUAGACUGAGAUUUUUAUUAA